AAAUCGCUGACCUCCUCUUCCACGCUGAGCUCUGCUCUCCUGUAACAAGUUCCCCAGGGGCGGUUCUGCCCCUGACCUCAUAGCCCAUGUUAGUAACUGCGGGGGCGCGGGGGGUAAGUGAGGAUUCAGGUGGCCACUGGGUGACAGCCAGUAAGAUUCUCAGCCUUUCCGGUUUGGGAAGACAAAGAAUUCGGGAGGGGUAGGAUAUUUUUCUCCCCCGGUAAGAUAGGUGGAGAAAGACCGCUGCCUGUGUGUCCCUUUCUUGGACUAAGGUGUCUCUGUUGCUCCAUAAAUAAAACGUCUCACUGCCGUCUGCAAGAGCUAUAAAGGCAGCGGAACGACAGUCCCGGGGGCAUUCCGGACGGGACGCGAGCCGAAGCAGACUCUCAGGUCAUGGCAGCACCGGGCAGCAGGUUGGAGCCGCCGCCGCUCCCAGAGUACAGCUGCAGCUACGUGGUGUCGCGGCCAGUCUACAGCGAGCUCGCCUUCCAGCAGCAGUACGAGAGGCGCCUGCAAGAGCGCAAGACGCUCCGGGAGAGCCUGGCCAAGCGUUGCAGUUGUUCAAGAAAGAGAACCCUUGGUGUGCUGAAGACUCUUCUGCCUGUCUUGGACUGGCUCCCCAAAUACCGGAUCAAGGAAUGGCUGCUUAGUGAUAUCAUUUCAGGAGUUAGUACUGGGCUCGUGGGGACGCUGCAAGGCAUGGCAUAUGCUCUGCUAGCUGCUGUUCCUGUUGGAUAUGGUCUCUACUCCGCUUUUUUUCCGAUCCUGACCUACUUUAUCUUUGGAACAUCAAGACACAUCUCAGUUGGACCUUUUCCAGUGGUCAGUUUAAUGGUGGGAUCUGUUGUUCUGAGCAUGGCCCCGGAUGAACACUUUAUCAUAUCCAGCAGUAAUGGAACUGCCCUGAAUACCACUGUGAUAGACUUUGCAGCUAGAGACGCAGCAAGAGUAUUGAUUGCAAGCACCCUUACUCUUUUGGUUGGAAUCAUACAGUUGAUAUUUGGAGGUUUGCAGAUUGGAUUCAUAGUGAGGUAUUUGGCAGAUCCUUUGGUUGGUGGUUUCACAACAGCUGCUGCCUUCCAAGUGUUGGUCUCACAGCUGAAGAUUGUCCUCAACGUUUCAACCAAAAACUACAAUGGAAUUCUCUCCAUUAUCUACACUCUGAUCGAGAUUUUUCAAAAUAUUGGUAACACCAAUCUUGCUGAUUUCAUUGCUGGAUUACUCACCAUUAUCAUCUGUAUGGCAGUUAAGGAAUUAAAUGAUCGAUUUAAACACAAAAUCCCAGUCCCUAUUCCUAUAGAAGUGAUUGUGACAAUAAUUGCUACUGCCAUUUCAUAUGCAGUUAACCUGGAAAAAAAUUAUAAUGCUGGCAUUGUUAAAUCCAUCCCAAGAGGGUUUUUGCCUCCUGAAAUUCCAUCUAUCAGUUUGUUUUCUGAGAUGCUGACUGCAUCAUUUUCCAUCGCCGUGGUGGCUUAUGCCAUUGCAGUGUCUGUAGGAAAAGUAUACGCCAUCAAGUACGAUUACACCAUCGACGGGAAUCAGGAAUUCAUUGCCUUUGGGAUCAGCAACAUCUUCUCUGGAUUCUUCUCUUGCUUUGUGGCCACCACUGCCCUGUCCCGCACCGCCGUCCAGGAGAGCACCGGGGGGAAGACGCAGAUUGCCGGCAUCAUCUCGGCUGCAGUUGUGAUGAUCGCCAUUGUGGCCCUGGGGAAGCUGCUGGAACCCCUGCAGAAGUCAGUCCUGGCAGCUGUUGUAAUUGCCAACCUGAAAGGGAUGUUUAUGCAGGUGUGUGACGUUCCUCGUCUGUGGAGGCAGAGCAAGACUGACGCCGUUAUCUGGGUGUUUACUUGCAUAGCAUCCAUCAUUCUGGGGCUGGACCUCGGUUUACUAGCGGGCCUUAUGUUUGGAUUUCUGACUGUGGUCGUGAGAGUUCAAUUUCCCUCAUGGAACAGCCUUGGAAGCAUCCCUAACACAGACAUCUACAGAAGCACCAAGGAUUACAAAAAUAUUGAAGAACCUGAAGGAGUGAAGAUUCUUAGAUUUUCUAGUCCUAUUUUUUACGGCAAUGUUGAUGGUUUAAAAAAAUGUAUCAAGUCCACAGUUGGAUUCGAUGCCAUUAGAGUGUAUAAUAAGAGGCUGAAAGCAUUAAGGAAAAUACAGAAACUCAUCAAAAAAGGGCAACUAAGAGCAACAAAGAAUGGCAUUAUAAGUGAUGCUGGUUCAUCGAAUAAUGCCUUUGAGCCUGAUGAAGAUAUUGAAGAUCCAGAAGAGCUUGAUAUCCCAACCAAGGAAAUAGAGAUUCAAGUGGAUUGGAACUCUGAGCUUCCAGUCAAAGUGAAUGUUCCCAAAGUGCCGAUCCACAGCCUUGUGCUUGACUGUGGAGCUGUAUCUUUCUUGGAUGUUGUUGGAGUGAGAUCCUUGCGUAUGAUUGUCAAAGAAUUCCAAAGAAUUGAUGUGCAUGUGUACUUUGCAUCACUUCAAGAUCAUGUGAUAGAAAAGCUGGAGCAAUGCGGCUUCUUUAAUGAUAACAUUAGAAAGGACAUCUUCUUUUUGACUGUGCAUGAUGCCAUACUCCACCUACGGAGCCAGGUGAAAUCCCAAGAGGUUCAAGAUUCCAUUUUAGAAACGAUCACCCUCAUCCAAGACUGUAAAGAUCCUCUUGAAUUAAUGGAAGCAGAGCUGAUUGAAGAAGAACUUGAUGUCCAAGAUGAGGCGAUGCGAAGACUUGCUUCCUGAAACUGGGCUCCGGAGGUUGCUAUGAGCAAGGACUACAAGGCAAAAUUUACCCACCAUGUAAUUCUAUGCAAAGAUUUUCUGCAUUGGCUAGUUUCUUCUCACUUGAAACACUCAUUCUUUUUCCCAUCAGAUUUUUAAAAAAUCUUUUAUUUUUUCAAAGCUCUCAACCAUUGAAGGAGAAGCCCUAAGAUUAUUUCUAGGCGUUAUUUCUACAAUGAGUAGCUUACUUCUAAAAUGUGCAAAGUGGUGAGGAGAACUUAGCAAUGUCUAGGGUCUGCUGAUGUUUUGCUGCUGUUUCUCGUGACAGAUUUGCUAACCAUGUGCAUGUGGGUACAUGUGUACCCCUGUGCAGCUGGGACAAGUGUCACUCAACAGCCUCUGUGAGCAAGACUGCCCUUGAUUCCCAUGAGCUGCAUCGAUCACUCUGUCAGGUCACCAUGAGAAAACACUGAAAUAGAAUUAUUAGUGUACUUAUCAAUAAAUGCCUGGAAAUCCC